AUGGAUACUGAAGUUGUAAAGGCUUUCAACGCCGAGCUCACUUCGGUCUAUGAGUCAAAACCACCGCUAAGCAAAAAGAAGAUCCAAGAUAUCUCCAAAGCAGCAUUGAAAGCCAAAGGUUACUACAAACAUGUUGUGUUCAGCGUCGAGAAGUUUCUUGCAAAGGUUAGUGCUUCUGGUUCCGUUGUUCUGCGUUAGUG